GUAGUGGGAGGGGGGAAGAGGAGUAACUGAGGGUGGGGGGGCAGAGACAUCAGAUACAGAGCCCAGGGUCUCUAUUACAUUACAGCGCAUAGACUUCUACAGCAACCAUAAUAUUAUCGUUUUCUAAUAAAAAACAUUUCUAGGCGUUACAAUUGAUAAGCAAGUUCAGAGUGAGGAAAGGAGACAUGUCACAGGAGAAGACUGGCUACCCUGUAAUGGGGGAGAACAAACCCCUUCACAAUAAUGUCUACGGGCCACCCCAGCCUGAUGCAUUUGGGAUGCCUCCACCUAACUACAGCCAGGCUCCAGGAGGAUUCUCUUACCCAGCACCAGGACCAUAUGGCCAACCAGGUUUUCCCCAGGGGGCACCAGGGUUUGCUCCUGGACCUUACCCUCAGAUGCCCUUCCCACAAAUGCCAUACCCUCAAGGCCCAUAUCCACAGGGGCCGUAUCCUCAAGGCCCCUACCACGGGCCAGGACAGCCUGCUUUUGAUGGAGAUCCCAAUGCUGCAAUGGGCAGUCCGGGCUAUCAUAGUGGAGAUAGGCCUCCUUCAUAUUAUGACAACGAGGAGUUUGCCAACUCAGGCUGGGAGGACAAAACUAUCCGCCAGGCCUUCAUCAGGAAGGUGUUCAUGGUCUUAACUGUACAGCUGAUGGUGACAUUCUCCUUCGUUGCCGUCUUCACCUUUGCAGAGGACGUCAAGCUAUUUGUUCAACAAAAUCGCUGGACAUAUUACGUGUCCUAUGCGGUCUUUUUCAUUUCUCUCAUCGUACUCAGCUGCUGUGGAGAAUUCAGACGUAAACACCCCUGGAAUCUGGUUGCACUGUCUAUUCUGACUCUCAGCCUGUCCUACAUGGUGGGGAUGAUUGCCAGCUUCUAUGACACAGACACAGUCAUCAUGGCAGUGGGCAUCACAGCGGUGGUCUGCUUCACCGUGGUGCUUUUCUCCCUUCAGAGCAAGUAUGACUUCACUUCCUGCCGGGGUGUGCUAUUCGUGUGCCUCAUCAUACUCCUUCUCUUCUCCAUCCUCUGCAUCUUUAUCCGUCACAAGAUCCUGCACAUCGUCUAUGCGUCUCUGGGGGCUCUGCUCUUCACCUGUUUCCUGGCUGUAGACACUCAGCUUCUUCUAGGCAACAAGAAGCUGGCACUGAGCCCAGAGGAGUACAUCUUUGCUGCACUGAACCUCUACACUGACAUCAUCAACAUCUUCAUUUAUCUCCUCGCCAUCGUGGGCCGCUCCCGGGAAUGAGCAAAAAUCAUUUCGGUUAAAAAAAACACCACACACACAGUUUACACAUUACACUUGUUCUUUCAUCUUGUCUCCCAGUGUGUGUCCCAUAAUUAACUUGAGUUUAGCAGAUACGCAGGGUGGUCAGACCAAUAGCUUUAUGCAUCCAGCAGGCCUGGCAUGGAUCACAGCAAAGGAAGGGUAUAUUUAUAAAAUGUAUUUAUUUAAAAAUCCAUCACAUCUGCUUGCUCUGUCCCUGAAAUAUCGUCCAUGCAUUUGGAAAAGGUACAGUGUAGGUAGUAUGACUCACCAAUCGUAUCUAAAACAGCAUGAGCAGACAUCUCUCUUCCCCUGACCCCUGCAAGCUUGGCAUUCUGCCUGAUAAUGCUAGCACUGCAUUAACUGAGAGAAAGAAAGGCAGGAAGUUGGCAGAGAGGGCACUGAUAAGUUGUGUAGAGAAACAAAUCAUCGAUCAGCUCUCUUUCUUAUCGCUCUGACCAGUCCAUGUGCUGGCAAAGUCUGCAUGGUAAAUUAAAACGGUGGAGAAAGACAAAACCACUCAAAUCAGUUCCUUAAACACCUUCUUAUUAUAUACCUGUAAAUAUUCAUAUGAAGUUUCUCCACUCAGAUCAGAGCAUGCCCAGCUGUGGUGCAGCAUGGAGAAACAUGACAUCUCCUUUUUAGGAAGCGAACACAUAUUAAGCACUCCACAAGACGGUUCAUUAUUACUAACCACAUACUACCACAUAACCUGUUCACGUAUAUAAUGAUAUCAUAUAUGAAACAGGGGUUUUUUUUUUCUUAAAUUUUUUUUCCAAAAUAAAGGAAUAAAGUUUAGUUGUGGCGUCUGUGUUUGUAUCAUUUGAAAAGUGAAUAUUGAAAGUUUUAUCAGCAUUAUUUGAUCCAAUGGCUUUCAUUUUCCUUUCACUUUUUUCUUGAGAUAUAAAUUUUCUUUCCUAUUUAUGUGGCACAUUUGUGUUUCAUUAUUUUAACUCGCAUGAAAUGCUUGCAUACUGGAAUUAUUGAUUUUUUUUUUCCUCUGUGAAGAGUGAGGGUAAAUCCACAGUGUUGCUUCUGUGUUGUUAUUUAUAAACUAUUUAUUACAGGGUACUGUAGUCUGCAGGACUGUGGAUGGCGUGCUUGCUUUUCUUAUAGGGCUUUGUCGUGCAAACCUCUUUACCACAAGGUCAGCGUAAUAUGAGAUAUUUAAGAUCAUUUCCAGUUGAUUAAUCCUGUCAUGGAUGACCAAGGGCAAACUGGGUUCCAAGAUCAGCACUUACUCUAGAAAGGUUGCUCAGUCUCUUUUAACAUUAGACCCUCUCAGUCGCGUUGUCCACUGCAUAUAAAUAAGUACAAUCGUUUCAGAGUGGAAAACUGUAUUGUGUGUACUACAACUAACACUAAAGGACAAGAUGUUACAAUCUUCUGUAAAGUAAACAAAUGAGUAAUUUCAUAAUAUGCUCACUUUAUGGCUAAUCCGUGGCUUGAAUGUGAUUUAACAACAUGUCCACUAUCUUGUCUCAGAGGUACUAUGUAAUAUUACAUGUUAUAGUUGCACGCGCCUUCCUUAGUUUGCAUGUACAGAGCUGGCACACUGGACUAGUUAAAGCAGUUUGAAGAUAAUAUUCCAUUUUAAUGUGCUGCAGCCCUGUUUUCUCAUUUUUGUGUUUGUAAUUAACUCAUGUUCAACUGUAGUUGGCUUUGUAGAUCUCUUUGCACUGUACAUUUGCAUUAAACUGAAGUUGGACUGUAUCCCUUUACGUGACUGUUUGCCUUUCAUUAAAUCAAAAAGAGAUGAAAAUGAUGUCUUGUUUGCUUUUCCAAGCUAGUCAAUAGUAGGGAGAUUAAUGGAACCAGAUUGUGAGGGUUGUGCUUAAUGGCAAACACUAGAGAGAUCACUAUACAAAACAAAAAUUACUAUAUAGGUCUGAUUUUUUUUUUUUUUACUUACACUAAUGAUGACUUAUUUGUAAGUAGAAUCAUCAAUUUUCCAAGAGAGUGCACAGUAUUUGAGUUAUCUGAGAAUAAAGUAUAAUAUCGCAAUAUCAA